GCGUUCCAUUCCCAUGGCAACGCAUUAUUUCCAGAUCCAGAAGCCCAGCUUUGGUGAGACUCGACAUGGCCCGGGCACCAGCACGGGCCCGAGGUAGCAGAGGUCUGAACUGCCUAGCCGGGUCACAGCAAACCAGAAUCCCAGCACAAGAGACAGAUGACUUGUUCACUACUUGUCAAUUUGGAGAGACUGAGGAAGACACUGCAGUUGAGGAAGCAGAGACCAUUGACUGUUUGUCUAUUCCAAAACAGAAGUUAGCUCAGUCCCAGAAGAAGAUUAAUCAAUUCAUUAAUGAGAAAAUGAGUACCAAAGCAAACAAGGAGCUGAUUCGGUGUUUCAUCCUCUCUCAGAUUGUUUUUGGGAAAGAACACUGGAAAUGUGCACAGGCUUUAGCCAAUCUGGCUUAUGGUUACCUGACACUGAGAGGCCUCCCAGCUCAGGCCAAGAAACAUGCCGAGUCAGCCAGGAACACACUGCUGACCUGGAAGCGAAACACGACCUCAGACAAGGAGAAAAAGGAAAUUCUGGAAACUCUGGUCAUACUCUAUUAUACUCUGGGGAUAGCCUGGCUCCUACAAAACCAUGGCAAACAGGCCUACAUCCACCUGCAGAAAGCACAGAGAAAUAUGAAGGAACUGAAAGAAUUAAACAACGGCAGCAUUUAUGAAAUCCAAGUCUCGGAUAAAGACCUAACCAUUGCUUUGGGCAGAGCCUCCUUGGCUAUGCACAGGAUGCACCUGGCCCUGGCCUACUUUGAGAAGGCAAUUUGCGGUGUUAUCCUGGCCAAGGGUCAUGACACAUCAGAUCUGAUCAGUUUGUAUGAAGAAAUCGCUCAGAUUGAGCAGCUGAGGAAGAACCACGAACAGGCCAUCCAGUAUCUGCAGCAGGCCUAUUCUAUCAGUGUUUCUUCGUUUACUGAAGUCAGCCCCCAAACUGCUGAGGCGAGUGCUUUACUAGCAAAAGCUUAUGCCAUGUCCGGAGAAUCCCAGCACAGGGGCAAACAGACAAGAGCAAAUGCUGGCGAGGAUGUGGACAAGAAUCGUGCUGCUGGGGAUUAAAUAGAGACUUGCACACAGGUAUUUAUGCCAGACCUAUUCAUAUACCCAUAUUCAACAGUUAAGCUAUGAAACAGUCUAGGUGUCCAUUGACAAGAACACAAAAUUCAUAUACAAUGGAACGUUUUCAGCCAUAAAGAAGAAUGAAGUUAUGUGCGGAAUAGUAGAUAUAACCGGAGAUCAUUGUAUUUUGUGAAUUAAAUCAAUAUCAGAAAGACAAAUUUUAUGUUUUCUCUUAUAGAUUCAUAAAAUAUGUACUAGUACAUGAAAAGUAAAAAACAAAAGUGUCUAAGAAAACAAAGGGGAUGGUUGGAGAGGGUGCAGGGCUCAAUGGGGAGGGGAGAGAGCCGGACACAAGCUACAGGUCUCAUUGCUGUGAUAAAUCACCUGACAGAAGAGGCCGGAAGAAGAGUUUAUUUGGGCGCACAGUUUUGAAGUGUGUACCAUCCUAGCAGAGGAUAUGUGUGGUCAUGGCGGCAAGACCCAGAGGCAGCUGGUGUCUGCUGCAUCUGUAGUCAGGAAGCAGGGGGCUGACGGAGGCCUGUGCUCAGCAUCCCUUAUUUUAAUUGACCCUGGACCCCAGCCCUCAGAGUGACACUGGCCAUAUUUAGAGCAGGCCUUCUCAGUGCAGUUAGCCUGGUCUAAAUGAUUCCUCACAGAUUUGUCCAGAGAUUUGUUCCCAUGGUGAUUCUAAAUCACAUAAACAACAAUCAAUAUGAGGCUUUAUGGGUGGGAAGGAUAUGCACAAAGUACAUUAUAGAUGUGCACGAAACUCUUAUUUAACCCAGUACAAUAAAGUCUUUAAAAUAUUUAAAAAUUGUAUAGUUGAGUCUUUUUUAAUUAGACAUUUUAUUUAUUUACAUUUCAAAUGUUAUCCCCUUUCAGGGUUUCCCCUCUGGAAACCCCAUAUCCUAUCUCCCCCUGCUUCUAUAAGGGUGUUCCCCCACUCAUCUACCCACUCCCACCUCCCCGCCUUGGCAUUCCCCUAUACUAGGGCAUCGAGCCUUCCCAGGACCAAGGGCCAUUCCUCCCAUUGAUGUCCAACAAGGCCAUCCUAUGCAAUAUAUGUGACUGGAGCCAUGGGCUGGUUGGUGGUUUAGACCCAGGAAGCUCUGGGGUAUCUGGUUGGUUGAUAUUGUUGUUCUUCCUAUGGGGAUGCAAACCCCCUCAGAUACCUCAGUCCUUUCUCUAGCUCCUCCAUUGGGGAUCUGCCUCUGUAUUUGUCAGGUUCUGGUAGCGUGUCUCAAAAGACAGCUAACUAUAUAUCAGGCUCCUGUUAGCAAGCACUUCUUGGCAUCCACAAUAGUAUCUUGGGUUUGGUGUCUGUAUAUGGGCUGGAUCCCCAGGUGGGGGAGUCUGUGGAUGGCCUUUCCUUCAGUCUCUGCUCCACACUUUGUCUCUAUAUUUCCUCCCUUUAGUAUUUUGUUCUCCCUUCUAAGAAGGACUGAAGUGUCCAUGCUCUGGUCUUCCUUCUUCUUGAGCUUCUUGUGGUCUGAAUUGUAUCUUGGGUAUUCCAAGCUUUUGGGCUAAUAUCCACUUAUCAGUGAGCACAUGCCAUGUGUUCUUUUAUGACUGGGUUACCUCACUCAGGAUGAUAUUUUCUAGUUCCAUCCAUUUGCUUAAGAAUUUGAUGAAGUCAUUGUUUUUGAUAGCUGAGUAAUAUUCCAUUGUGUAGAUGUACCACAUUUUCUGUAUCCAUUCCUCUGUUGAAGGGCAUCUGGGUUCGUUCCAGCUUCUGACUACUAUAAAUAAGGCUGUUAUGAACAUAGUGGAGCACGUGUCCUUGGUAUAUGUUGGAGCAUCUACCCAAAAGAUAGUAUAGCUGGGUUCUCAGGUAGUACUAUGUCCAAAGGAACUGCCAGACUGGUUUCCAGAAUGGUUGUACCAGCUUGAAAUCUCACCAACAAUGGAGGAAUGUUCCUCUUUCUCCACAUCCUCACCAACAUCUGCUGUCACUUGAGUUCUUGAUCUUAGCCAUUCUGACUGGUGUGAGGUGGAAUCUCAGGGUUAUUUUGAUUUGCAUUUCCCUGAUGACUAAAGAUACUGACAUUACUUUUCAAGUUUCUGAGAUAUUUGGUAUUCCUCCGUUGAAAAUUCUUUCUUUAGCUCUGUACCCCAUUUUUUAAUUCUAUCUAUUUAGAUCUCUGGAGUCUAACCUCUUGAGUUCUUUGUAUAUAUUGGAUAUUAGCCCUCUAUCAGAUGUAGGAUUGGUAAAGAUCUUUUCCCAAUCUGUUGGUUGCUGUUUGGUCCUAAUGACAGUGCCCUUUGCCUUACCGAAGCACUGCAAUUUUAUGAGGUUCCAUUUGUUGAUUCUUUGUUUGUUUGUUUGUUUUCUGGAGCUGAGGACCGAACCCAGGGCCUUGUGCUUGCUAGGCAAGCGCUCUACCACUGAGCUAAAUCCCCAACCCCUUCUUUUUUUUGUUUUCUUUUCUUUUCUUUUUUUUUAUGAUUCUUGAUCCUAGAGCAUAAGCCAUUGAUAUUCUCUUCAGGAAAUUUCCCGCUGUGCCCUUGUGUUCGAGGCUCUUCCCUUCUCUCUCUUUUAUUAGUUUGAGUGUAUCUGGUUUUAUGUGGAGGUCCUUGAUCCAGUUGGACCUGAGCUUUGUACAGAGGGAUAAGAGUGGGUUGAUUUGCAUUCUUCUACAUGUUGACCUCCAGUCGAACCAGCACCAUUUGUUGAAAAUGCUAUCUUUUCCCCACUGGAUCAUUUUAGCUCCUUUGUCAAAGAUCAAGUGGCCAUAGAUGUGUGGGUUCAUUUCUGGGUCUUCAAUUCUAUUCCAUUGUUCUCCCUGCCUGUCUCUGUACCAGUACCAUUCACUUUUUAUCACUAUUGUUCUCUAAUACAGCUUGAGGUCAGGGAUGGUAAUUCCCCCAGAAGUUCUUUUAUUGUUGAGAGUAGUUCUUGAUAUCCUGGGUUUUUUGUUAUUCCAAAUGAAUUUGCAAAUUGCUUUUUUGAACUCUUUGAAGAAUCGAGAUGGAAUUUUGAUGGGGAUUGCAUUGAAUCUGUAGACUGCUUUUGGCAAGAUGGCCAUCUUUACUGUAUUAAUCCUACCAAUCCACGAGCAUGGGAGAUCUUUCCAUCUUCUGAGAUCUUCAAUUUCUUUCUUCAGAGGCUUGAAGUUCUUGUCAUAUAGAUCUUUCACUCACUUGGUUAGAGUCACACUAAAGUAUUUUAUACUAUUUGUGACUCUUGUAAAGGGUGCUGCUUCCCUAAUUUCUUUCUCAGCCUGCUUAUCCUUUGAGUAAAGGAAGGCUAUUGAUUUGUUUAAGUUAAUUUUAUAUCGAGCCACUUUGCUGAAGUUUUAUCAGCUGUAGGAGUUCUUUGGUGGAAGUUUUGUGGUAACUUAAGUAUACUAUCAUAUCAUCUGCAAAUAGUGAUAUUUUGACUUUUUUCUUUCCAUUUUGUAUCUGUUUGACCUCCUUUGGUCGUCUAAUUGCUCUGGCUAGGACUUCAAGUACUAUAUGGAAAAAGUAAAGGGAGAGAGUGAAGCCUUAUCUAGUCCCUGAUUUUAGUGGGAUUGCUUCAAGUUUCUAUCCAUUUAGUUUGAUGUUGGCUACUGGUUUACUGUAUAUUACUUUUGUGUUUGGAUCUUUUUUUUUCUUUUUUUUCGGAGCUGGGGACCGAACCCAGGGCCUUGCGCUUGCUAGGCAAGCGCUCUACCACUGAGCUAAAUCCCCAAUCCUGUAUAUUACUUUUACUAUGUUUAGUAAUGGGCUUUGAAUUCCUGGUCUUUCCAAAACUUUUAUCACGAAGGGGUGUUGAAUAUUGUCAAAUGCUUUCUCAGCAUCUAAUGAGAUGAUCAUGUGGUUUUUUCUUUGAGUUUAUUUAUAUAGUGGAUUACAUUGAUGGAUUUCUAUAUAUUGAACCAUCCCUGCAUCCCUGGGAUGAAGCCUACUUGAUCAUGAUGGAUGAGCGUUUUGAUGUGUUCUUGGAUUCACUUUGCAAGAAUUUUAUUGAGUAUUUUUACAUCAAUAUUCACAAGUGAAAUUGGUCUGAAGUUCUCUUUCUUUGUUGGGUCUUUGUGUGGUUUAGGUAUGAGCAUAAUUGUGGCUUCAUAGAACAAAUUAGGUAGUGCUCCUUCUGUUUCUAUUUUGUGGAAUAGUUUGGACAGUAUUGGUAUUAGGUCUUCUAUGAAGGUCUGAUAGAAUUCUGAACUAAACCCAUCUGGUCUUGGGCUUUUUUGUUUUAGGAGACUUUUAAUAACUGCUUCUAUUUCUUUAGGAGUUAUGGGGUUGUUUAGAUGGUUUAUCUGAUCCUGAUUUAACUUUGCUACCUGGUAUCUGUCUAGAAAAUUGUCCAUUUCAUCCAGAUUUUCCAGUUUCUAAUAAUUUUUUGGAUUCCCUCAGUUUAUGUUGUUAUGUCUCCCUUUUCAUUUUUGAUUUGUUAAUUUGGAUACUCUCUCUCUGCCCUCUGGUUAGUUUCGCUAAGGGUUUAUCUAUCUUGUUGAUUUUCUCAAAGAACCAACUCCCGGUUGUGUUGAUUCUUUGUAUAGUUCUUUGUGUUUCUGCUUGGUUGAUUUCAGCCCUGAGUUUGAUUAUUUCCUGCCGUCUACUCCACCUGGGCGUAUUUGCUUCUUUUUGUUCUAGAGCUUUCAGGUGUGCUGUCAAGUUGCUAGUGUAUGCUCUGUCCAGUUUCUUUUUAAAGACACUCAGAACUAUGAAUUUUCCUCUUAGCACUCCUUUCACUAUGUCCCAUAAGUUUGAGUAUGCUGUGCCUUCAUUUUUAUUAAAUUCUAAAAAGUCUUUAUUUCUUCCUUGACCAAGAUGUCAUUAAGUAGAGCGUUAUUCAGCUUUGAGGUGUAUGUGGGCUUUCUGUCAUUUUUGUUGUUGAAGACCAGCCUUAGUCCAUGGUAAUGUGAUAGAAUGCAUGGUAUUAUUUCAGUCUUCCUGUAUCUGUUGAGGCCUGUUUUGUGACCAAUUACAUGGUCAAUUUUGGAGAAGAUACUAUGAGAUAAAAUGAAGAUUCUUUCAUUUUAGGAUGAAAUGUUAUAUAUGUGUGUGUGUGUGUGUGUGUGUGUGUGUUAAAUCCAUUUGGUUCAUAACUUUUGUUAGUUUCACUGUGUUUCUGUUUAGUUUCUGUUUCCAUGAUCUGUCCAUUGAUGAGAGUGGGGUGUUGAAGUCUCCCAUUAUUAUUGUGUGAGGUACAGUGCGUGCUUUGAUCUUUAGUAAUAAUUCUUUUAUUAAUGUGGGUGCCCUUGCAUUUAGAGCAUAGAUGUUCAGAAUUGAGAGUUCAUAUUGUAGAUUUUUCUUUUAAUGAAUAUGAAGUGUCCUUCCUUACCUUUUUUGAUAACUUUUGGUUGAAUGGCAAUUUUAUUCGAUAUUAGAACGGCUAUUCUAGUUUGUUUCUUGGGACAAUUUGCUUGGAAAAAUUUCCCCAGCCUUUUACUCUGAGGUAGUGUCUGUCUUUGUCAAUGAGGUGCAUUUCCUAUAUGCAACAGAAUGCUGGGUCCUCUUUAAAUAUCCAGUCUGUUAGUCUAUGUCUUUUUAUUGGGGAAUUGAGUCCAUUGAUGUUAAGAGAUAUUAAGGAAAAAUGAUUGUUGCUUUCUGCUAUUUUUGUUUUUAGAGAUGGAAUUAUGUUUGUGUGGAUAUCUUCUUUUGGGUUCUUAGAAAGAAGAUUAUUUCCUGCUUUUUCUAGCAUGUAGUUUCACUCCUUGUGUUGGAGUUUUCCAUCUAUUUUCCUUUGUAGGACUAUCUUUGUGUAAAGAUAUUGUAUAAAUUUGACUUUGUCAUGGAAUAUCUUGGUUUCUCCAUCUAUAUUAAUUUAGUGUUUUGUGGGUAUAGUAGUCUGGUCUGGCAUUUAUGGCCUCUUAGGGUCUGAUGACAUUUGCCCAGGAUCUUCUGGAUUUUAGAGUCUCUGGUGAGAAGUCUGGUGUAACUCUGAUAUGUCUGCUUUACUGCUUUUAAUAUUUUUCUGUGUUUUAUGCUUUUGGUGUUUUGAUUAUUAUGUGAUAGGAGGAAUUUCUUUUCUGGUCCAAUCUAGUUGCAGUUCUGUAGGCUUCUUGUGUAUUCAUGCUCAUCUCUUUCUUUAGGUUAGGGAAGUUUUCUUCUAUGAUUUUGUUGAAGAUCUUUACUGGUCCUUUAAGUUGGGAGUUUUCACUCUCUUCUGUACCUAUUAUCCUUAGGUUUGGUCUUCUUAUUGUGUCCUGGAUUUCCUGGAUGCUUUGAGCUAGGAGCUUUUUGCAUUUUGCAUUUCCUUUGACUGUUGUGUCUUCUAUGGAACCUUCUGUUCCUGAGAUUCUCUCUUCUAUCUCUUGUAUUCUGUUGGUGAUGCUUGCAUCUUUGACUCCUGAUCUCUUUCCUAGGUUUUCUAUCUCCAGGGUUGUCUCCCUUUGUGCUUUCUUUAUUGUUUUUAUUUCCAUUUUUAGAUCCUGGAUAGUUUUGCUCAAUUCCUUCACCUGCUUGGUUGUGUUUUCCUGUAAUUCUUUAAGGGAUUUUUGUGUUUCUUCUUUAAGGGCUUUUAUCUGUUUACCUCUGUUGUCCUGUAUUUCUUUAAGGGAGUUGUUUAUGUCCUCCUUAAAUUCCUCUAUCAUCAUCAUGAGAGAUGAUUUUAAAUCAGAAUCUUUCUUUUUCAGUGUGUUGGGUAAUCCAGGACUUGCUGUGGUGGGAGAACUGGGUUCUGAUGAUGCCAAGUAGCCUUGGUUUCUGUUGCUUAGGUUCUUGUGCCUGCCUCUUGCCAUCUGUUUAUCUCUGGUGUUAGUUGAUCUUGCUGUCUCUGACUGGAGCCUGUCCCUCCUGUGAGCCUGUGAGCCUUUAAUCUUAGUUGUGUCAGCACUCCUGGGAGACCAGCUCUCUCAGGGCCCGAUUUGGGUCCAGAGAGAUUCUGUAGUCUAACUCCCCAACAAUGGUCAGCAGCAGCUGUGAAUAGAAGUCCAAGGAUCUAGCAAUUGCUCACUCCUACAAGGCAAGCAGGCAAACCAGAGAUGAGCUUUUGUUAUUAAAUUAAACUUCACCUAGACCAAAAUUUUAUGCAGCAAAACUGAAAAUAAAAUUUAGCCAUGAGAAAAGACAGUUCUAGAAUAGAAAGAAUUAAAGUCCAAAUUUGAGAAGGGUUUUCUGUGCAUACCAAAAGGUAUAAUAUUAAAGAAGAGAUUGACAUUUUAAUUACAAAAAGAUAUAAAACUAUGUCUGUCACAAAAUACUGAACACAGAACAUAAAACUCACCCUGCAUGAACAAGUAACUUAGCAGAUGCAUAUGUAUUAAAAAUUGAUUCAUAGUUAAUCCUCCCAAAAAAGAAAUUUCUUCAUGUAGACAAUAUCACUUUGGAAGUCUACCUAACAUUUAAAGAAAGAAUAAUACCAAUUCUCUAUCACCUCCGUGACAUAUAGGAGGGAUGGUGAGGUGACUUGUCAGAUAAAGGUGCUUGCCACCAAGCCUAAUGCCUGAAUUCAAUCCCCAAACCCCACAUGGUGGAAGGAAAGAACCGACUCUGAAGGUUGGGCUCUGACCUCCAUGGGCACACCAUGGCACAUGAAGAUCCAUCCUUACUGCCCACACGUGUGCUUACAAAAAUAAAGUUUAGGAUGAGAGAAAUAAAAAACAUACAAGAGGCUUUUAACUUCUUCCUGUUCCAGAGACUGCCGCGUCUUCUCUAGUGCCAGCCUGAUCCCCGAGACAUUAUGGUAAAGAUAGGAGAGGGCAGAUUUGGCCAGAUGGGGCACUUGGUCACUAAAUCUGCUUUCAACUAUGAUGAAGUGGGUAUUGACACCAGUGCUGCCUUUAUUAACCUUAGCUACAGUCUUCCUUCACAGUCCAGCAUCACUCUACUCCACAGCAAGUUACACAGUACAGUCAAAUCUGAGAAAAGGAAACUUGUCAGCAACGGGAGGGCCUCUCUUGUCUUCUAGGAGUGAGGGCCUGCCAACAUCAAGCGGAGUGAUGUUGGCGCAG